AUUUAAGUGAAUGGUAUAUUAAGAGAUCUGUGCUUGCCCUUGUAGAUGGGCAGCACUGGGAUAUGUACAGACCUUUGACUCAUUCUUGUGAAAUUCAGUUUCUUACUUUCAAAGAUGAAGAUGCAGAAGAAGUGAACAAAGCUUAUUGGCGUUCUUGUGCCAUGAUUCUGGGCUGUAUUUUAGAACAAGCAUUUAAAGAUGAAUAUUCAAUUACUCUUGUUAAAGCUCCAGAAGUACCAGUGACAUCUGGAGCAUUUUGCUAUGAUGUAAUCUUGGAUAGCAAACUUGAUGCAUGGACACCAACUGAGGAAAAUCUCCAUUCCCUUUCAAAAGAUGCUUUCAGAUUAAUUCAGAAAGAUUUGCCGUUUGAAGUGCUGGAUGUCGAUGCAAAAGUGGCACUUGAAAUAUUUGAGUAUAACAAGUACAAACAGGAUAUGGUUGAAGAAAGAGCUCAAAAUUCCAAAGGAGUGGUAACAGUGCAUAGAUUUGGUGAUUUUGUAGACAUUAGUGAAGGACCUCAUAUUUCAAGAACUAGCUUGUGUGAUCAGUAUGCAGUAACAGCAGCUCAUAACCUUCAAAGCAGCCAGCCUGAAUUAAGAAGAAGAUUCCAAGGCAUCUCUGUACCAUAUCAUUUAAAGCUUUAUCAUACUAUAUGGCACAGAUUGCGGAAAAGAUCACAGAAACUAAUCACUGAAAGAAGACCAAAAGAAACAAAUGAUAGAAAUGAAAUUACAAACAUUGAACCAGCCUGACCCUUUCUAAUCUGUAUGUGUGGAAAUACUAAGAAUUAAAUUGAGAUUGUUUUAAAGAA